CUUUAUUCCCCUCGAACUCACCCCUAAAAGGAGUCAUCCUCUCCUUGAUCCUCAUUGUGUUCUCUCUUCCUCCCACUUGAUACCCCAAUAUCACCCUUAAAAAGGGAAUAUCAAACCUCAUUUCAUCUUCUUAUUUGUACAUCACUGCUUCUCUAUAUCUAUAUUCACCAAUCUCUUAUUACUAUUCAUUUCUUUCGUUCAUUUUUGAUGUGUGCAUGAACUUUGAAGAAGAUUAACAAGAACACGAUAUAUACGUAACAUAAUAUCAUCAUGAGUUCAUCGUCUGAACUAAACCAAGCGGAAAUCAAACCCCAAAGCUAUUCAUUACUCUUAAAAUCAUUUGGAGAUUAUCAAAUACAACAAAACCAUAUUCAUCAACCUGGCCAAACCCAAAAACUCGAAGAGUUUCUCGCUCAUCUCGAAGAAGAAUGGCUCAAGAUCGAAGCUUUUAAGCGUGAACUACCACUUUGCAUGCAACUUCUUGCUAAUGCCAUGGAGGCAUCACGGCAACAAUUACAGACUUGUAGAACUCCAAACCAAGAUGAGGCGGCAAGACCUGUUCUAGAAGAAUUCAUACCUCUAAAACAUUCAAAUACUGAAGGAUCAGAGAAAGCAUCCAACAUAUCAGAGAAAUCAAGUUGGAUGAUAUCCGCACAGCUAUGGAGCAAUUCUAACGAAGGAAUAACGAAGCAGCAGCAGCAGUUGUCGAAAGACGAAACUGAUCGAAUUUCAUCAGAACCAAAACUAGCGUUAGAGGAUAAGAAAAGAAAUGCAGGAGCGUUUCUUCCAUUCUCAAAAGAAGCUGCGGAUACAUGCUCCAGUCCAACAUUACGUGUCCUUCCUGAUUUAGCACUUAAUAGUACUUCAACCGACAAAGAGAUCAUCGACGAGAAAAAGUGUAUCGAGUCAGAAAAUAAUAGGAUAUCUUGUCGAAGGAGAGACAACAAUAAUUCUGGUAUCAUCAACGUUAAAGGCGGUGAUGGAGGUAACUCCAUGACCGAACAAGGUAAAGUUGUAGCAGCUUCUCAAGGUGAUGCACAAGGAAAUUCAAACUCUACACAAGCACAUAGAAAAGCAAGAAGAUGUUGGUCACCGGAUUUACACCGCAGAUUCGUUAAUGCUCUUCAGAUGCUUGGGGGAUCACAAGUGGCCACCCCAAAACAAAUAAGGGAGUUGAUGAAAGUUGAUGGUUUAACAAACGAUGAAGUGAAGAGCCAUUUGCAGAAAUAUAGACUCCAUACAAGAAGGCCAAGUCCAAGUCCACAAUCAGCAGGAAAUCCAACACCGCAGCUAGUAGUAUUGGGCAGUAUUUGGGUCCCACCAGAAUACGCAGCAGCUGCUGCUGCAGCACACAAUAAUGGAGGAGGAGGUCCUACAAUAUACAGUACACAUCCUGCUUCCUUAACAUCUACACAUUAUUGUGCAACACCAACUCAAGUAGCAGUACCACAGGAGUAUUACACAACACAGCAGCCAUCCCAUCAUCUUCUCCACCACAAUAACCUUCAGCUCCACCAUCAUCAUCCACACCACAUUUACAAACUCUCCCCUUCCUCAAAAACACCACUAAGUUCACCGGAAUCAGAUGGUAAUAACACCGUCAGCCGAGGAGGCGGAGGGGGUGACCAGUCCGAGAGCAUCGAAGACGGAAAAUCUGAGAGUAGUAACUGGAAAGGAGAUAGUGGUGGUGGUGGUGGUGGUGAUCAUCAUAAUAACACUAGUGAAGAUGAACAAAGAAGAGGUUUGGCUUCAUUGAGAGAUGAAAGUGAUAAAAGUAAUGGUACUAGUGAUGAACAUCAAAUUACACUCAAAUUCUGACAUUAUGGGUUUCUUCUUCUAGCUAGUCAGUCAUAAAGAGAGUCUUCGAACUUAGGAUAAAUGUAUGACAUUUUUACUAUAACAGUGUGACAUUUUUCCAAUUUCUCUGACUGAUUCUAUUUUUGUUUCCAUUUUUACCCUUUUGGAUUUUUGCUGUUUAAUGGUAUGAGGAGGAGCUACAAAGGGGUUAAAAUUGGAAGUUUGUUUUGUAUAAUAUGGUUUUUUCCUUGUAGAUUUUGCCUUUACUUUUAUAAGAUAAUGACUGGCCCCUC